AUGGUCUAUCUUGUAAUCUGGAUCUCUGAGGGGCGUAACUUACUAUCGAUCGUGCCCCUUGAGAUCACUCGCGACUACGCACCUUUGUGGUCAACGCCUUGCAAAGUGUUCAAGGGGUGCCCCGGCCCUACUUCCUAUAUAUCAUCGCUCGACUUUGCCACACCUCAACUGCGACGAUCACCUCCUGCUCCUGCCUUCAGCUACUGCACGCUCAAGAGUCCGCGAUUCUUGGUAAAACUAAGUAUGGCAGCACGCGGCAUGGAGGACAACGGCGUGGCUAAUCUCUUGGCGGCCUUGGGAAUGCCACCUCUCGGCGAGCUACAGGCUGUACUCAAUUCGUUGCAAGCACAGGUCCCUAAUCACUAUGUGGCACCAGUCGCUCCUCCUCCAAACACGCUUUUGGCGAACCCUCAACUUCUGCUGGCGGUCAAGCUAAUGCAAGAACAUCCUCAACUCCUGCAACCCCAGAACCAACCAGGGCCCUCUACUCGACCCAAUGAUCAGCCAAUUCCGCGCCAGGCGAAGGAGAAGAUGUUCCGCGAAGCCCAAUCACAGCAGUACGACGCAACCUUGAUUUUCUUCAUCAGUGGGGCGCGGAUUAUCGGCGAAUCGAAGUUCGCCGCAUUUGAGAAUCUUCACGGCAAACUUGGUAAUUCAGCCGACUGGUGGCGUUGUUAUUACCUCGUACACCAGGAUCGCUUGGACCCCAUGGUCGCUUCGUUUCACAGCCGCGCGUAUCCAUUGCACUCUGCUGUCUCUGCCUCGCGUAAACGCCACAGGUCGCCGUCGCCUGCAGCUGACUCGACUGCGAGCGAGAUCGUCGAUAUCACUGACGAAGUUCUAGCGACGUCAGCCGGCCGACCUUACAAAGCUUCUCGUCGGGCACGUGAAGCAGAGGAAGCGGAGGCUCCUACCCCUAGUACCUCCGGUACUAGUCUAGCUACAGGAUCGACAGACCUCGCCAUUCCCGCCGAACUUCCCGAACAUCCGCCUCCACCGCCGACGAACCCCGUCAAGUUUCGAGAGGGAAAGCACAGGUUCACGCCAGAAGAUGAGACGUUCUUCGCGAAUCUGAUCCUAUGGCACGCAAAGGAGGCCGGUCACGCCGAUGCCCAUGAGUUGAAGAAGACGAUUCUAAUAGCUCUCGCCACUCAGGCUCCUCAUCAUUCACAUCUCUCCUGGGACAAUUACUGGAACAAACGUCAGGCGGGUGCUAUCCUGGAGCAAGGUUUGCGUAUGGCGAAGGCAGAGGCGAAAGCUCGCGCAGUCAAGACAGAGUCACAAGGGACAGAGCCAUAA